AUGAUGACCUCCAUGAAGACAACACAUUCCCAAGUGGGUCUAGUGAUAUAUUGUCUCAUCUCUCCAGUGCGUCUGGUGAUAUCAUAUUGUGUCUCCUCUGCAGUGGGUCUAGUGAUAUAUUGUCUCAUCUCUCCAGUGCGUCUGGUGAUAUAUUGUCUCAUCUCUCCAGUGCAUCUGGUGAUAUAUUGUCUCAUCUCUCCAGUGCGUCUGGUGAUAUAUUGUCUCAUCUCUCCAGUGCGUCUGGUGAUAUAUUGUCUUUUCUCUCCAGUGCGUCUGGUGAUAUAUUGUCUCAUCUCUCCAGUGCAUCUGGUGAUAUAUUGUCUCAUCUCUCCAGUGCGUCUGGUGAUAUAUUGUCUCAUCUCUCCAGUGCGUCUGGUGAUAUCAUAUUGUGUCUCCUCUGCAGUGGGUCUAGUGAUAUAUUGUCUCAUCUCUCCAGUGCGUCUGGUGAUAUAUUGUCUCAUCUCUCCAGUGCGUCUGGUGAACGGGCGUGACCGGUGUGAGGGCCGUGUGGAAGUGUGGCACAACGGAACGUGGGGUACGGUGUGUGAUGACGACUGGGACAUGGUAGAUGCCAAUGUGGUGUGUCGGCAGCUGGUCUGCGGUCUGGCUGUGGCGGUGGGUAGCAUCUCAGAGUACGGCCAGGGCUUGGGGCCCAUCAUGCUGGACAACGUAGACUGUAAAGGAGGGGAGACCGACCUGGGACAGUGUGGCAGUCUGGGCUGGAGAAUCCAUAACUGUUACCACUACGAGGAUGUAUCGGUCACAUGCAAAGUUCCAUCAGUGGUGGCGUCACGAAGCCUCGGUGAGGCCGCCACUUCAUCUCGGAGAAACUCAGCUUUAAGUAAGUGA